AUGAUGGACACAGCGUCUUCGCAGGCGGCUACUAUCGAAAAGUUCAUUGAUGGAUGGAAACGGUGGAACGCUACUGAUAUGCUGGCCGUCUUUGCCGAUGAUUUUACUCAAGUAACGCUCCCCUUUGGCUUGGGGGUUCCAGAGAGGAAACGGGACGCCGUGGAACGUGCCCUCCCGGCUUUAGUGGGUAUUGUCAGCAAUUACAAGUUGACUGUACACGAAGUGUUGCAUGAUGCGGCCAAAAAUAAGGCAGCAGUAUAUGCGGUCUCCACUGGGGAGUCUCCUUUUGGUCCAUGGGAAAUGGAAUAUGCCGCGUUUCUGCACUUCAGCAAGGCCGGGGACAAGAUUGUUCGGCUGGAGGAGAUGCUAGACUCAGCUUUCACAAAAGACUUUGCUCCAAAGUUUCAGAAGUAUCUGCAAGAUCGGCAAGCAGAGUGUCGGGCUUAA